AUGAAUUUCAGAAGUCGUUCCAUCGUAGUCUGCGAAGGAGGCACAGCCGAGCUUUCGUGCCCUCGUGGUACGGUGAUCUCAAUAGCCCUAGCCAACUAUGGUCGGUACUCGGCUCGAGUCUGUUAUGAGAACGAAGACCUCGACGAUGUCGUGCCGAUGACGCAAUGUCACAACCCGAAGACGAUGCCGACGCUGCGGAAGAGGUCAGUUCUAGCUCUAGUUCUAGUUUCGUCGGCGCUUGAACAAUUAGACCUGAGCGGGCAAUUCACACCCCAAAGGGCACAAUUUGCAAAUCAGCCGCUUGUGCAACGCGUCUGGAUAAUGAAUAUUUCACCUAUGACGGGGCAAAGGGUUGUAUGCGCGGGGCUUGUGUACGUACAUUUUAUGUGCACUUCACUCGGCUUCGAUUGUGCAUAA